AUUCUAUGAAAGUGGAGACGCUUCAGAAUAAUAUUUCUUCUAAAAGUGAGAAUGAAACACUAAGUAGUUCCCAAAAUUUGACAGACAGCUCACAGAGUAUAACCCCACUGAAAAAGGAGGCGUUCCCCACAGCAGCUAAAACCAGCUCAGUGACAGAAGCCAAACCACCUCCAGCAAAAGAGGAUUCCCCAGCAGGCGUUUUCCCUGCUCCUGCCACAGCCAGUCCAGCGCCUCAGGUGGAUGUGGAUGCUUCUGAAGAUACUAAAAUUGAGGAAGAGGAUCUCCUAACGGAUUUGAAAGACACACUGAAUAGUUCACCACCCCUCCUAAAAGAAACUCUGGAGUCAGAUGGAGAUGGCUACGGUGCUUAUGAGAUGACACCCAUUUCCAGGUACAACUCAGACCUUCUAGAGCUGCCAGAGGAUGGUGACUCUGACACCAUUAGUAAUUACAACGAGGAGAUCAAGACCCUUAAUGAGAAGAUAAAAGAUGUUUCUGUCACGGGGUUGGAAGAAGAGGAAGACAGCCAUUUCUUUUUUCACCUGGUUGUAGUUGCCUUCUUAGUAGCUGUUGUUUAUGUCACCUAUCACAACAAGAGGAAGAUCUUCCUGCUGGUGCAGAGCAGAAGAUGGAGGGAUGGCCUGUGCUCCAGGACAGUGGAAUACCAUCGUUUAGAUCAGAAUGUUAACGAGGCAAUGCCUUCCCUCAAAAUCACUAAUGACUACGUGUUUUGA